UCAUCGCUCCGAUUUGUGAUUUUUCUAGACAAAUUCUGUUUAGACACGUGUACUUGGCGUUAUUUGUAUUAAUUUCACAACUUAUACAUAACUUGCGUCUGUAACUUUUUAAAACAUUUCGUUGGACAGCUUAUUUAGGGUGUACGUGACCUAAUAUCAGACCAUUGUGUACGAGAAACAACCGGAGUGUUUUUGCCUGUUUACAUUUUAAAAAACGUGAAAAAUGUCUGAAUUCAGAGACUGGUACAACAGUGUACCGUUUUUUACUCGAUAUUGGCUCACACUAACCAUAGCUCUGUGCUUAAUCGGUAGAUUUGGUUUGGUGAACUACUACUAUUUAGUUUUGGAUUACUAUCCAUUCAUACACCAAUUCCAGAUAUGGCGCCCUCUAACCGCCCUGUUCUUCUACCCAAUCGGGCCAGCAACUGGCUUUCAUUUCCUUAUAAACUGCUACUUCCUAUACAACUAUUCACAACGACUUGAGACGGGCAUGUUUGCUGGCAAGCCAGCAGACUACUUCUAUAUGCUGCUCUUUAAUUGGCUAUGCUGCGUUGUCAUUGGGCUUCUUGUUAGCUUACCGAUUCUAAUGGACCCAAUGGUGCUGUCUGUGCUCUACGUGUGGUGUCAGUUGAACAAGGAUGUCAUUGUAUCCUUCUGGUUUGGUACAAGAUUCAAAGCCAUGUACCUGCCUUGGGUGUUGCUUGCUUUCAACCUGGUUAUCAGUGGAGGCGGUGUGAUGGAACUGUUAGGCAUCUUAAUCGGUCACCUGUCAUUCUUCCUGCUGUUUAAAUAUCCUCAGGAGUUCGGUGGACCAGCACUUCUCACACCACCUGCGUUCCUGAAACAACUAUUUCCCGACACGCGGUAUGUGGGUGGUUUCGGCACAGCUCCACAGGCUAGGGCUCCCACGCGUCCCGGGGGAGGCGUCUUUGGGGGCCACAACUGGGGCCGUGGACAGGCACUCGGAGGAAACUGAAUGCGGAGCUGAGCUUUGGCAUAGAGCGAUGUUGUAUAAUAAAUAAAUCGACCAAAAUCUCACGAGAACAAACUUAUAUCGAGGCUGUAAUGUAAUAAAAUAAAGCACAUGAUUGUGGCACAUGCUUAAAUGUUUUGUGCGUUACAAAGUUUGACUGAGGAUGUGUUGGAAGUUGACAAUGUUCACCAUUUUUGGCCUAUAUUGACAAAACUGACUUUACGGUGGCGAAUCAAUCGACGCAUACAACUAAUUGAUCUUAACUUUUAAAAAUGUUAGAAAAUAUGGUUGAUUCCCUCCCUUUCACCCCUUUCAACAAGGGCGACGCCAAGUAUACCACAUCACUCACUGAAAAGGGAGAACUGAUCACUGGGAUUAGGAGACAGACAAUCAGGAAGUUUCUUACCAAAGAGUCUCAAGUUGUCAUCAGCUAUUUUCAACCUUUUUCCUUUGGGCUGCAUUUUGGUUUUGAAGGGACUUGUCAACUUAUGCCUCAGGGCGAUGGCCCAAUAGCGGGCACAUCGAUCUUUGUGAUUUAAAGCCUGGGUGGGACUGCAACUGUUAUGGACAGGUGUGUCGCAUACCACCAGGCCCAGAACUUGUUCGUCCCAUUGGCAUAAUAAAAAAAUAAACAUGUUUGCUAUAUUACAAGAGCCGCAAUAUUUUUGAGUAAUGACCUUUUGUUAGGUUAUCCAUUUAAAAGUAAGUAGUGGGAACCUCGUUUUACAUUUACUCAUUUAAUUAAUAAAAUCUAAACGUAUCUCGCCCAAGAUGUUAAAACUCAGAAACCUAUAAUUUUAAAGAGCUAAUAAUAGUGUUUCAGACCACGAAUAAAUGCUUGGCGAUCUACAUGCGGUCCGUAGGGCGCUGGUUGUGUAUGGCUGACCUAGAUUGUCUAUAAGGCCUAGGUGAAGGAUUUGUCCCUGUUGUCACCCCUUUGAACUCAGAAGGUUCCUGUACACGCACAGGUAAUAGCACCCUUCUCGUAUAGCCUAAGGGUCUGUAGGGAGGGUCACUAUAAUCAAAACUUACAUAGAAAGCAAUAGGAUACCACUCCUUUGAAUAUUAGUAACGCACAUUGGGCAAAGUGUUUUACAUAAUAGGACUAUCCUACCCAUUCAUCAUCACGGCACGGGUCUCCUCUCAGUUGAGGAUUUAGGCCAUAGUCGUAGAAAAGCAUACCAUAUGAAUGCAAUAAAUACAUUGAGUAUUUAAAGCUCACGGUAAAUUUCGAAUUAAAAUUUCGCACAUAAAUUCCGAAAAAGUCAGAGGUGCGAACCCGAAUUCGAAACCACGGACUCUGCUUGAAAGGCGUUAGGACAAACCAUUACGCUACCAAUUUUCACCCCACUCAUUGUUCUUUGCCAAUAUUCGAGCGGGUGACAACAGGUGUUGUAAACUUUUCAAUAUCUUAUAGUGCCUAUACAGUGAUCUACUAUAUUUAAACAUGUAAAGAUAACAUUAGUAUGUGUAUUGAACUGAAAAUCCUUUGAACAAACUUUGUUGGUUGCACGAAGUACAGCGAGUGAAGUUUUCUUGGCAUCAAUUCAAAAUGCACAUUUAUGAAUAGAAUUAUUUAAGUUCCUCAAAAGCCUCAACCCA